GCUCAACAGACCACGAUAUUUACUUCAUGCGUUGACAGCGAUCUAGCAUCAGAUCCGCCUUCUAGCUUUAUACUCCAUCGUCUAUUUGACUAUGGAUCUUCCUCAACCGCAGACUGAAGACGCUGUCUCUUCCAAAAGAAUCAACAAAACAGGGAAAAAACAACGCGAUCGUGAUGAAGAAGCAGCUUACAUUAUAGACGACUUGAAAUCUGGAAACUUCAUCCUUCUUCUCCAAGAGACUCCCAAAGUCAAAAUGAGCCAUUGCCAAGCAUGGGGUUGUAUGCCACGUAAACGAACCGGGAAGCCAGUUAUCAAGUCCCAUUAUCGUUUCAUGCUAAAAGAUAUCUCAGUGUCCUCAAAGCCAAAAGGUGAAUACUAUCACGUCACAUGUCUUGAGCGUCUCCUGCCUGAUUUGUCUGCCCUGGUCCGAGAUGGCCACUUGAAGAUGGAUGGCUAUAUUUCCGCACCGCUUGACAGCAAAGUGUGCCUCGAAUCAUCCGUGGAAAUGAUCGCAGAUUGGUUCAAGUAUGGGGGCCGUACCUUUGACCUUGGAUGCUAUGAAAACUUCAAGAAGGACCAUCGUGAAUGGGAAGAAGAUUGGAGUGUACGGUGGAUCGACCAUCAGCUGGGCCAUGGAGAACAGCCAGACAAUGCAUGCAACUAUUGUCAGUCUCUACCAGACCCAGAAGAGCCGAAAAAAUCGGAUUACUUCCCAGAAGAGCCUUCUGUGAUUUUGUUAAGUCAGCUGCUAGCAACUGUGAGCGGACAAUCACAUAUUGAUAAAUGGUGGCGCUGGAAGAAACAGACAUAGAAAAACUCAAAUUGACUUAUUCACAGUACGAAUCACAAUGCUAUUGGCUAGCCGAUCUUUAGGAUAGAACUAUGCUUCGACCACAUUUGGAUAAAAGUCUAAACAAAAUUGAAUCGGCUUCUG